AUGCCGGAGCCUACUCCGAGGAGCUGGUUCGACGUCCCGGCCCCGGUCGCAGCCCUCUUCCGCCGCUUCCCCCUCGCCGUCCUCCCACCAAACGACCUACCCCUCCGCAGCCCCUCCCGAGGCGACAGCCCGGUCCUCUACGUCUUCGUCUCGGCAGAAGAUGCAGCAAAUGGCCGACCCAGCUUCAACCCUUCAUGUCUAAAGUGGCAGACCUUCCUCAAAAUAGCAGGCGCAGAAUUCCGCAUCCUCCCCUCAACAAACCACGCCUCCCCCUCCGGCGCCCUCCCCUACUUACAGCCAUCGAUACCCUCCCGCCCCGUCACCGCCGGCAGCAGACUCGAAUCCUGGGCCCAGUCCCAAACGAAAUCCGACAAGCCCGCCUCGCAACCACCCGAAGGCCGCCUCCAAGCCUACCAGUCCCUCCUCGACACCCGCGUCCGCACCGCCUGGCUCCACGCCCUCUACCUCUCCUCGGCCAACGCGCCCCUCCUCUCCCGCCUCUACUUCGAGCCGGCCUCCAACAACCCGCUGGUCCGGCUCACGCUGACGCACCAGGUCCGCUCCGCCGCCGAGGCCGAGGUCCUGAAGGCGACGCGGACCGCCGUCGUCGACCCGGCGCGGGUCUACGCCGACGCGCGCGCCGCGUUCGAGGCACUGGCCGUGCUGUUGGAGGAAGAGAAGGGCGCCGGGCGCUGGUUCUUCGGGUGCGACGAGCCGACCCUGUUCGACGCAUCCGUCUUUGCGUAUACCCAUCUGCUGCUGGACGAGACGUUCGGCUGGGUUGACCGGAGGCUGUCGGAGGUGCUGCGGGAGUUUCCUGCUCUCGUGAGGCAUCGGGAGAGAUUGCUGGCAAGAUGUUUCCCGUGA